AUGUCUCUCUUCCCACGCACCGGUGACUUCUCCCCUCUCUUCCGUCUUCUAGACGACUACGACGUCCACCGCUCUGGUCGCGGCAACAGUGCCGACCGGUCCCUCGGCCACUUCUCUCCUCGUUUCGAUGUCCGUGAAACCAAAGAGGCCUAUCUCCUUGACGGAGAGAUUCCCGGCAUUCACCAAAAGGACGUCGAUAUCGAGUUCGUUGACGCCCACACUCUAGCCAUCAAGGGCCGCGUCGUUCGUGAAUACCACUCCAACAAUAACAACAACAACAACGACGAGGCCGAAACUGCCUCGAACAGCUCCAAGCACGCCACUCACAAAUUCUGGGUGAGCGAGCGCUCUGUCGGCGAGUUCAACCGCACCUUCAACUUCCCUACUAGGGUCGACCAGGAUGCGGUCAAGGCGAGCCUGAAGAACGGUAUCCUCUCAAUUGUGGUGCCGAAGGCCUCCCGCCCAGCCGUCCGCAAGAUCACUAUCGAGUAG